AUGAUCCUAUCCCCCAACCUUCGCAACCCGCCGACGAUGUUGUUCGCGAAGGUGCUCGGCGGCGGCGCGAUCGACGCGCGGUUCUUCUUCGCCUCGGCGGCCGCCUUCAUCGCGCGGAUCUGCUCCUUCUCCUCCUCGAUCGCCGCCUCGUUAACUCUCUCCAUCUCGCGCAUCUCCUCCGCGAGUUGCGACGCCAACACUCUGUGCCGCCGCGCGUUCUCCUCCACGCUCGCCGCGGACGCCCGGAGCGCCUCGACCUCGCUCGCGUCCGCGCGCUUCGCCUCGAGCUCCGCCUCCUCCGCGGCGGCCUCGACCCGCGACAGCCGCGCGGCGAGAGACCACGCCUCCUCGCGACGCCGCCGCGCUUUCUUCUCCAGAUCCGCCAUGGCGAUCAGCGCGACGUCGCGCGCGAUCGCCGCCUCGCGCGCCGCGGUCUCCUCCCUCUUCGCUUCCUGCGUCGUGUACGCCACCUUGUACGCGAGGUGCUCGUUCUUGAGCGAGCGCGCGAGGGCGUCAGCCUUUUGCAGGACAUCCGCGGCGAGGUCUCGCGACGUCGCCGCCAUCUCCGCGGCGGCUUCCAGACGCGUCAACUGCGCCGUCGCCGCCUUCGCCGCGAACGCCGUCCGAUGCGCGGUGAUCUCCGCGUCCUUCAGCGCUCGGUACGCGCGCAUCUUGUUCACGACCGCGGCGUUCACGACGCCGUCGUGCGUCUUGGCGACGUCGCGUCUCGAGGCCGCGUCGUCUAUCGAUUCGAAAAACGCGCGCCGCGCGAGCUCGGCGUUCAUCUUCGCGUUCUCCAGGUCGUCCUUCGUCUCCUCCGUUCGCGCCUUCGCGACCGCUCGCGUCAUCUUCGUCUGCUCCGCGACGUCCAUCAUGAGCUCCGCGACGCGAAUCGCGUCCGUCUGCGCCGUCAGCGCGUCGUCGUACGCCACGCGGACGUGCUCGAAGCUCACGCCGUCCACCCCCGUCGACGACGACCUCGCGCGAUCCAACCGCGCCGCCGCCUGCAUGGGUGAAGCGAUCGGUCAGUCGAACGUCUUAGCGGUCAAACGUGAAAGGGAAGCGCGGGUGAAGAGUGACGACGGGAAAAAAGUUGUCCUUAAGGAACGGCGUGCACCACGCGAACGAGGUCGUAUGGGAAGCAGUCUCACCUCCGCGAGCGUCGCGUGCGUCGCGUCUAAAGAACGCGCGGCGUCGUUCGCGGCGUCGAUCGCGGUCUCGCACUCGACGACGGAGGCGGCGUGCGCGCGGACGGCGUCGUCGUGCGCGCGCUGCGCGUCGUCGAUGGCGUCGUCCGCGCGUUCGCAUCGCCGCGUCGCCGCCGUCAUGGCGUCCGUCGCGACGCGAUUCUCGCGCGACGCGAUCCCCGACCGUUCGCCGCCGUCCGCUAGUCUCCAUACUUCGUCGUCGUACGCGCCCUGCGUUUCCGCGAGCGCGCUGACCGCGGCGUCCGCGACCGCGCGCGCGAGCUCAGCCUCGGCGCGCGCGGUGGCGAGCGGCGCCUCGGUCUGCUUCAGAAGCGCCAUGGCGUCGUAG